AUGAGCUCAGGUCAUCGUUCGUUCAAAAGACAUCGAUCGACUCCGGCAUGCGCCCGAUGCUACAAAAUAAAGCAAAAGGUGUGUGAAGUGUUGUGGUUUUAAUGGGAACUGUAAGUGUUACAGCGAGGGAUUUCUAACCGCAUUGCCAGUGCGACAGAGGCACGCCCAAAUGCCUGCGAUGCGUGUCUGCGGGUGUCGAGUGCACGGCGAUUAAUCGACAGACAACAGCCGAAGUUCCUCGAAGGUUUGCCUAGAUUGUCCCUGGAUGUUAUCGCAAGAUGUGCUGGUACUAACAAGUCUCUCCAAGCCCUAUCCAAUACCUAGAACAGCGCUUGGCCGAGCUGCAACGGAUUAAAUCAAACCACCAAAAGGAUGGCGUUGCAACUGCCUCCGACGGCGAUGAAGCUGAUGCGAGCCAUUCCCAUGUUCUCGAAGUCGUGUCACUUUCCAUCACCAACCGGUUCACCUCGAAUCUUUUCCGGUCACAUGUUGUCUUACAACAUCAAGCGAAACUCUUCUAUCCCUCAGAACGGCCACCUCUCAAAAUCCCAGUUCAUGGCAUUUACCAUGACAUCUAUCCCCGCACUGCCGGAUUAGAGUAUGCACCAAGGUUUGCUUCUUUUAAUGCUAGCAAGAUUCCGCUUGAUGUGGCUCAGCGACUCUUCGAUAAUUACAAGGAUAAUAUUCUUCCCCGUUUCCCUUGCUUCCCGGAGGACGAACUUUCCAAGAGAUUCGAUUUAUUCUACGACCCCUUGAACUUUGGUAAAGAGAUGUCUGACGAGACUGCGUUCAUUGUCAGUUUAGUCUUGGCCAUAAGCUCUCUCACUUCCAAGAGACAAGAUUUCCGACGAGUUGCGGCGCUCAGCGAGUCCUUGCAUGCGGAUGCGAUGCGUCACAAAAGCUUCAUCCAGCACGCCUCUCUGAUGACAUUGCGUUGCUUGCUAUUGCUUAUUCAAUUAGCACUGCUUCUCCCACACACCAGCAACCUGUGGUAUUUGAGCGGUGAAGCCGUUCGCAUGGCCAUCAGUCUGGGACUUCAUGAAGAGCUUGGCAACGCCACGGACCAGGAUCCCACGCUUCUGGAGCAACGAAGGGCAUUAUUUUGGUUGGUAAGUAGCUUAGAGUGCUCGAUACUUCAGUACCGUAUCUGACAAGAACUGGGUGCUCAUGCUUUUAGACGUAUCAACUUGAGAGAACUGUUGCCAUUGCUGCUGGUUGUCCUAUUGCAUUGAGUGAUGACCACAUCACGACGCAGCUACCUUUCAACGGCGGUGACCCCCAUGGAGACCUUGAGCAAUUUAUUCAGAGAGUAUCGCAUCUGAAUAAGGAAAAACAAUUUCUGAUCCAUGUCCGCGUUUGCAUAAUCCAAUCCGAAAUUCACGGCGUCCAAUUUUUCGACCAGAACAUACCUGAGAGCGCAGCUGAUUAUGACACUUGGGUUCAAAACACUAAAGACUCUAUUCAAAAUCUAGUUAAUCAGAUCACAGCUGAUGGUUUUGCUACAUCAUGGCUAGUAUCUGCGGCCCAGCAAUGUCAAGUCCUUCUCCAUCGACCUUGCUCGCGGAACAUUUCUGUUUCUACUUCGUCCCUAAUUGCUGCAGCGUCUGCAUCAAUACAACUCAUCAAUACUUCUCUAGAAAGCACUAUGGCAGGCGGCCUCAUCGGCACUUUUGAAAUAGCAAAUAGCGCUUUCCAAGCUGGUGUGGUGAUACUAUAUGCACUAAGGAAUCAUACUUCUGAGCUACAACAAGCGUCAUUGCGAAUUAAAGCUCAGGAGGCUCUUGACAACCUAGUUCAGCUUCUUGUAUGUGGGAUGACCGCUAAAUAUGUGGAAAACUGUACUGAUUUCACUGUAGUUUACCCUCUCAGAACGAUGGCCGGCGACUUUUGACACAGCCCAGUACAUCAAAGAACUCAUCGAAACCAGUCUAAGCGCUGAAAGCCAGAGAUCUGCAUAUGACUUAAACGUAUUGAAAGAGCUUGACUGCUUGGUCACUCAGCGACGGAUUCACAGCAUAUAUCAUCGAAAUAUCUCUGUCUCAAGAAAACCAGCACAGGUGACCAACAAUGAGACAAGCCCUGGUUUUCUCGAAGAUGAAGCCUGGUGGAAGGACUUCAUUAACGAGGAUUUCGACAUGGGCGAUUAUUUUGAUCCAUCUGAGAUUGCGGACGCAAACAACAGCGCUCAAAGUUUACCGUUGAUUCCAGCGUCAGAUCCGGUGACCACCCCUGAGAUGGCGACGGACUCCAGUGAAGAUCGAUUGGACUUCACUCAGCUCAUCGAGAUUCUUCCGGCCUGCAGCCACUGCAGAGAUCGUCGCGUCAAGUGCCACCGACAAUUGCCUGCUUGUAGGGAAUGCCAAAGAGCCAACCGGAAAUGUGCCGUCUUCGACCCUGUGUUAUUAAAGAACGUCCCUCUAAGGUAA